AUGCGUUCUGCCACUGCCAUUGUUUUGGCUAUUGCCAACCUCUCUUUGGUCCACGCUGCUCCAUCACCCAAAGUCUAUGAUGAGAGUGUGUUCGAAAACGCCGGCACCCCAACCUGGAAGGUUGCCGUUGUGGAGGGCGAGGCCCCCGUUGAGAUCAAGGGUACCAUCCAAGAUGUUAUGGAGCAGCUCAAGGUCGACUACCCCGAGUACGCCCGCGAAGCUCAGGAAAAGAUCGACACUGCUAUUGAGACCGAACGCCUCGAGGAAGAAGCACCUCCAUCCCGUGAGGCCCAGGCCCUUGCCGCCCUACAGAAGCGGGACCACAACAUCUGCUGGAACUUCCCUGCUGCCAGGGAGAGACCUAUCAACGACGGCAUCCAGUACUUGCGUGGCAUUUCUGGUGGUCUGACCGUUCGCGCAGGUCCUGGAGCCUGUGAUAGAAUCAGCUGCUCAAGCAAUGCAGGCAUCUUUAUUUGCAACGAUAAUCGCACUCCGUUUUUUAUCCCAUCCUGGGAUAAUGUUGCCAACGCAGCUAAGGCUUGCAACAACGAGUGCCGCCGAUUCUGUUUUGAUUGCGGUCUUCAGACUGGUUGGUGGACCGCCGGACAGCGUUUCCAUGACGCCAACUUCAAUGUUAUCAUCCGCGAGUCAUCUUGCUAG